GUUUGGUGGUGAGCUUCUCAGAACUGAGGCAUCUGCUUUCACUUUCGCUUCCUGCCGUUUCUGAGAAGACCAGACGUGCGUGGGCUGUGCACUGACCACUGACCAGUGGGUCUGCACAGCCAGGAGCAGUCGGAUCUCGUUCCAGCUCAGCCAGAGGAGGGCUCCUUGGGGUGAAGCGCUGCCUCUUUCUAGCCGGGCACAGGAGUGUGAGCUGAAGGGCAAAGCUCCGAGAUCCCACCGCUGACACCAUGGCCUCGGAAGAUGGCAACGUCGACCCAGCCGCUGAACUUCCUGCCUGCUGGUGCUGGGCUAUCAUCACCCGUCAGAGUUUCACUUUCCUUCUCUUGGAAUAAGAAUAAUGUGUCUAGUGUGUCUAUAGCAGGAAACACGUUUCGCCUCCCGUCUCUGCACACACAAUGCACACACUAGUCCCCCGCCCCUCAGCGGCCACUCCCCGGCCUCCAAAUUCCUGAGAGUCACGUGUUUUUGGCAACUCAGCUGGGCAGUCAUCUUGCUUGCUCUGCACUGACGAGAGACUCUGUACAGUCGGUACAGGAUUUACCCCGUUUAAGACAGUGAAGAAAUUCUUCCUGCCAUUGAGUUUUUACAGGACCCAUCGAACAUGGAGAAUCUGCAGCACCUGCUGAGUGGUGACGCCUGGGAGAGAUUUGUGACUGUGGCGCAGUUGUCCAGGGAGGAUGCAGGUGUGCUAUAUGAAGACUUGAACCAGCUGAAGAGACUCAUGGCCGUGGAGGACGAAGACAAGGACCAGCUGCGUAGGGAGGUGGUGCUGAAGGAGUUUCCUCAGGUGGGACAGGAGCUGGAGGAGUGCAUAGGGAAGCUCCACGCGCUGGCAGACAGCGUCGACAAGGUGCACAGGCGCUGUACCAUCUCCAACGUGGUGUCCAGUUCCGUUGGCGCUGUGUCUGGCAUUCUGACCAUCGCUGGCCUGUCCCUGGCACCUGUGACAGCUGGGGCCAGUCUGGCGCUUGCAGCAACUGGGGCAGGACUGGGGGCAGCAGCUGUCGUGACCGGUGUGUCCACCAGCAUUGUGGAAAUUGCAAAGAACAAGUCAGCAAAAGCCACAGCCAGUCACCUAGUGUCAGAUGCCAUCAACAACAAUGAUGAGCUGGUCAUUGAGCGUUUAUGUCACAGCGCACCCAGAAUUGCUUCCUUAGUAAAGUGCAUCCAAUCCAUGCAUAAAAUUGUGAAGAACGCCCGUGCCUACAAACUGGCCAAAGCCAGCCCUCUCUUAAUGUCGAAGGCCAAGGUUUUUAUGACCACAGGGGAGAUCUCAAUCCAAAGCAGCAAGCGGGUACAGAAAGCUUUUAGUGGCACCGCUCUGGCAAUGAGCAAAGGAGCCAGGGUGUUUGGUUUGGUCACUGCAAGUGCCUUCCUUCUGGCAGAUGUGUACACCAUUGUGAAGGAGUCAAAGCACUUGCUUGAGGGGUCAAAGGCAGAGCUGGCUGAAGAAUUGAGGGAGCAGGCCCUGGGGCUGGAGAGGAGGCUGAAGGAACUCAGACGGCUUCACGGGAAUCUGCAGGAUGUCAUGUACUGCAAGGAUGUAGUGAGCGAAAAGUGUGGCUAAGCCGCACCAGCCAGGGCUAUAGAAACACUUGUAGAUUCCCCCCAGUGCAUGUAAGGCAACGUCCCCGCGGGCUUUCGUCCUUCUACACACGCAUGGGGAACUGGAAGAUUUCUGAGAUGAAGAUCUGGCAGCUUCCAACUUUCGGAGAGUAUCAUCAUUGUCCCCUGAUUUCCAGAGGCUUGGCCUUUAUCUGCUUUUAGAAAUUUUGAUUUUCUUUAUGUGGAUGUUUUUCAUCUAUUAAAAUCCCGUGGGAAUACACCCCGAAGUGCCUUCCUGAAGUACAUUGUUAGAGUUCUCCCUCCAUGUGUCACAGGGGAGUCCACAGGAAGGAACCUGAGACCUGGCCAGGGAAGAUAGGUCCCUGGUUGCCAGGGAACACCUUUUAACACUUAGGUGGCCGAUAGGCAUGAGGGGCCACAAGGGAGAUAAAGACAAGGCCCUGGCCAUUGCAGUCCAACAAAGAACUUCAAACAGGAGGCCACAAGCGAAGGAAGACACGUCUCGCCCGUGACCCAGCCGUCCUGAGCCUGGUUCCAUCAGGCUGCCAGGCACUGGGAGCAACACACAGAGACUGUGACAGUGGGGAGGGGGAGCCCUCGAAAGUCUGUGUGCGUCAUCUUUAGUGGGCAAAGGAAAACCUCGAGGCUGUGGAUCCGCCCCAGGCCUAGAAGGGAGUAGGGGAGGGGUCUGAGGUGUCCAAAGAAAGGGCCCAGAAACCAUUUUGGCUCAUUGUCUGCCCCCUGUCACGUGUGCCAAAUGAACAAAUGGAGUCAGGAGCAAGAUAAGAUUUCGGGCUAACAGACCCCCACACGUACCUACGUCUGGGCAGUCCCAUCUCUCUGGGAAAGCUGCACCUGUACCCGCCAAUCAAAAGUUGCCUCUUCACCCCGCCCUGCCCACUGUGUAAGUCCUCAGAACAGAGGGCCUUCUUCUCUUCUCUCGGCUCAAGGCUCGUUGCCACAUGGGAGCCUCUGUCCACAAAACUCCUGGCAACCCCUCUUUUGGCCACCUGGGCCUUUGGCCACCUUGCUCUAGCCACCCUUGUUUUGCUCCCCCACUCACUAAUUAACUUUGUUUGUACACUAACGGGUCCACAGACCUGUCAUCCUUUUUUGAAAUAUAUUUUAUUGAUUAUGCUCUUACAGUUAUCCCAUUUCCUUGCCUUUAUUCCCCUCCGCCCUGCACACCCCCUCCCACCCACUUCCCCUCCUUUAGUUAUGUCCAUGGGUCAUACAUAUAAGUUCUUUGGCUUCUAUAUUUUCUAUAUUAUUCUUAACCUCCCCCUGUCUAUUUUCUACCUACCAUUUACGCUACUUAUUCUCUGUACCUUUUUCCCACCUCUCUCCCACUCCCACUCCCCUGUUGAUAACCCUCCAUGUGAUCUCCAUUUCUGUGGUUCUGUUCCUCUUCUAGUUGUUUACUUAGUUUGCUUUUGUUUUUGUUUUAGGUGUGGUUGUGAAUAACUGAGUUUCCUGUCAUUGUACUGUUGACAUUUUUAAUAUUCUUUUUCUAAGUCCCUUUAACAUUUCAUAUAACAGGGCUUGGUGAUGAUGAACU